AUGCUAAGCGUGAACUGGUCUAUCGCUUUCUAUAUCUCAUCCCAAGUGGCUAUUGAUAAUGCUUCUUGCACAAGACCUGUUGAGGUGUCUGGCACCUACGAGCUCGUCCCCUUGGCUGCUCUAGUCGCUGAAGCUGACGUAAACUCAUGCCAGCAAGGGCCAAUUAAAGUUCUGGAAGGGGUUGUGCCAUCUAGACGUGGCCACGUCGCGCAAGGACGGAAGAGAGCUCGCCCUCAACCAUCUGAGGUUGCCGAUGAUGUUCAAUCAAACGAGAAUUUCCUAGAAAAAUUCAAACUGUCUGUGGAGAAGAAGGCAGAAAAUCCCUCACAAAAUGAUGCACCAAUAGCAACACAACACAAGAUUGAUCCUCCCCAAGACGCGGACGAGAUCUUCAAGAAAAUGAAGGAAACAGGUCUCAUUCUAGAUGCUGUUGCUAUGCUUGAUGGGCUCUACAAAGACGGUCUUGUUCAGGAAGCAAUGAAACUUUUUGGUUUGUUGCGCGAAACAAGUACCAUUCCUGAAGUUGUUAUUUACACUGCUGUUGUUGAUUGCUAUUGCAAGGCUCAUAAAUUAGAUGAUGCAAAGAGGAUUUUUAGGAAAAUGCAGACCGAUGGCAUCUCUCCAAAUGCCUUCAGUUAUGGUGUGUUAAUUCAAGGUUUAUGUAAUGCUAACGAGUUAGAAGAUGCUAUUGACUAUUGUAUUGAAAUGAUAGAAGCUAGUCAUUCUCUGAAUGUUAUAACUUUUGCUGGAUCAGUUGAUGGUUUGUGUAGGGAGAAAGGUGUUGAAGAAGCUCAGAGUGCUAUUGCAACAUUGAGACAGAAGGGAUUUCUUGUUAAUGAUAAAGCUGUUAUAGAAUACUUGAACAAAAAAGCUCAUUUUUCAUCAUCAGUUUGGGAAGUAAUCUUUGUGAAGAAAUCGUUUGAGAAACCAUUUUAA